UUCCCUAGGGGCGGGGCGGGGCCCGUGCUCCCCACACGUGCGUGAGUCACUCGGAGAGAAUUUCUCUUGCAAAGCUUUUAUUUCCUGCCCCGUUGUCUGAAGGUGGCUGAGGAGGAGGCGCCUUCGGUCGCUCCGGGCAGGCAGGGACGAGCCGCACCCGGGCAGCCCCGGGCCCGCCGUGGCCUCCACCCACCCCUGCGCCCUUCGCCUGAGCCCGGCGGCCAGCGGGGGGCGCCUGCGGCCGCUCCGCCCUCCCAGACACCGGCCCGCCCGCCCGCAGAGCCGGGCCCGCCGGCGGCCGCUCGGGCAGCAGCAGCAGCCGCGGCGGCGGCGGUGGUGGUGGCAGAGCGGAGCCGCCAGGCAGCACUGAGACAGCUUUGCUCAGCCCAACUGUGGCAGAUGGGACGUCGACCUCAGAGGUGCAUGUGGUGACCAAGACCCAUGCCACCGAUGGAGCUGCAGUUCCCCGGGGCUCCUGCCUGGCUCUACCAGCCAGCCUGAAGCCAGAAGCCAGAAGCCUAGGCCCACAGAGGAUGCUGUGGGCCACCAGAUGUCACCCAGGCCAGAGGCUGUCCUGAGGGUGUGGCUGCAGCAGUGUGCCCGGGCCCGAAGAUGCCAGCCAAGGGGCGCUACUUUCUCAAUGAGGGUGAGGAAGGCCCGGACCAGGUGGCACUCUAUGAGAAGUACCGCCUCACCAGCCAGCACGGACCACUGCUGCUCAUCCUGCUGGUGGCCGCCACAGCCGCCUGCCUCACCCUUGUCGCGUUUGCCUUCAGCUAUGGGGACCCGGCUCAACACCAGGCCGUGCUGGCCACGGCCUUCCUGACACUCGCCGUGUUUGUGGCCAUCUAUGUGCUGGUAUACGCCGAGUGCCUUGUCCGGCGGUGGCUCAGGGCGGUGGCACUGCUCACCUGGGCCUGCCUCAUGACUCUGGGUUACGUGCUGGUAUUUGAUUCGCGGACGAAGGAGGCCUGUGCGUGGGAGCAGGUGCCCUUCUUCUUGUUCCUGGUCUUUGUGGUAUACACGCUGCUGCCCUUCAGCAUGCAGGCGGCCGUGGCUGUGGGGGUGAUCUCCACUGCCUCCCACCUCCUGGUGGUUGGUGCUGUGAGGGAGGUCUUCACCAAGCCCAGCGCCCAGGUGGGGCUGCAGCUUCUGGCCAACGCCAUUAUCUUCCUGUGUGGCAACCUCACGGGUGCCUUCCACAAGCACCAGCUGCAGGAUGCCUCCCGGGACCUCUUCACCCACACGGUCAAGUGCAUCCAGAUCCGCCGGAAGCUGCGCAUUGAGAAGCGCCAGCAGGAGAACCUGCUACUGUCCGUGCUUCCUGCGCACAUCUCCAUGGGCAUGAAACUGGCCAUCAUUGAGCGGCUCAAGGAGCACAGGGACCGUCGCUACCCGCCUGACAACAACUUCCACAGCCUGUAUGUGAAGCGUCAUCAGAAUGUCAGCAUCCUCUAUGCUGAUAUUGUGGGCUUCACGCGCCUGGCCAGCGACUGCUCCCCCAAGGAGCUGGUGGUGGUGCUCAACGAGCUCUUUGGCAAGUUUGACCAGAUCGCCAAGGCCAACGAAUGCAUGCGGAUCAAGAUCCUGGGUGAUUGCUACUACUGUGUGUCGGGCUUGCCUGUGUCCCUGCCCACCCACGCCCGGAACUGUGUGAAAAUGGGGCUGGACAUGUGCGAGGCCAUCAAGCAGGUCCGGGAGGCCACAGGUGUGGACAUUAGCAUGCGUGUGGGCAUACACUCGGGAAAUGUGCUGUGUGGUGUCAUCGGGCUACGCAAGUGGCAGUAUGAUGUGUGGUCCCAUGACGUGUCGCUGGCCAACAGGAUGGAGGCGGCUGGAGUCCCAGGCCGGGUACACAUCACAGAGGCGACCCUGAACCACCUGGACAAGGCGUACGAGGUGGAGGAGGGGCAUGGGCAGCAGCGUGACCCCUACCUGAAGGAGAUGAACAUUCGCACCUACCUGGUCAUCGAUCCGCGGAGCCAGCAGCCACCCCCACCCAGCCAGCAGCUGCCCAGGCCCAGAGGGGAUGCAGCGCUGAAGAUGCGAGCAUCAGUCCGCAUGACCCGCUACCUAGAGUCCUGGGGGGCAGCACGGCCCUUCGCUCACCUCAACCACCGUGAGAGUGUGAGCAGCGGUGAGACCCCCAUCCUCAGAAGCCGGAGGCCCAAGGCUGUUCCUCUACGGCGACACCGGACCCCUGACAGGAGCACAUCCCCACGGGGGCGGGCAGACGACGACUCUUACGAUGAUGAGAUGCUAUAUGCCAUCGAGAGCCUCAGUUCCACCAGGCCCUGCUGUUCCAAGUCCGAUGACUUCCACACCUUUGGGUCCAUCUUCCUUGAGAAGAGCUUUGAACGAGAGUACCGCCUGGCACCUGUGCCCCGGGCUCGCCGUGACUUUGCCUGUGCCGGCCUCAUCUUUGUCUGCAUCCUGCUCGUUCAUGUCCUGGUGAUGCCCAGGACGGUGGCCCUGGGUGUGUCCUUUGGGCUGGUUGCCUACCUGCUGGCAGUGGUGCUCGGCCUGUGCUUUGCCAGUGAGCUGUUGAAAGGCUGCCUGGCCCCCGGGACACGCCAAGCCAUCUCAGAGAGGGUGGAGACGCAGCCCCUGCUGAGACUGACACUGACCGUGCUCACCAUCGGCAGCCUCAUCACUGUGGCUGUCAUCACCCUGCCCCUGACACCUAGCCCAGCCUCAGGGCUGCCUGUUGGCAACGAGACGAGCCCAGCGAACCUGAGCAGCAAGGAUAGGACCCUAUGCCAGGUCUUGCAGUAUUAUACCUGCACGUGCAUCCUGGGCUUCGUGGCCUGCUCCGUCUUCCUGCGGAUGAGUCUGGAGUUGAAGGUCUUGCUGCUGACAGUGGCCCUGGUGGCCUACCUGCUGCUCUUCAACCUCCCCUCCCACCUCUCCCUCUGGUGGCAGCAGGACUGCUGUGGUUCGGGCCUGGGCAACCUCACCCAGCCCAACGGUACCCUCAGCAGCACCUCCAGCUGUCCUUGGGAUCUGAAGAUCAUGAUCAAUUUCUACCUGAUCCUGUUUUAUGUGACUCUGGUCAUGCUCUCCAGACAGAUCGACUAUUACUGCCGCCUGGACUGUCUGUGGAAGAAGAAGUUCAGGACAGAGCAGGAGGAGUUCGAGACCAUGGAGAACGUGAACCGCCUCCUCCUGGAGAACGUCCUGCCGGCGCACGUGGCUGCGCACUUCAUUGGGGACAAACUCAACGAGGACUGGUACCAUCAGUCCUACGACUGCGUCUGUGUCAUGUUUGCAUCUGUGCCGGACUUCAAAGUGUUCUAUACUGAGUGUGACGUCAACAAGGAAGGGCUGGAGUGUCUGCGGCUGCUCAAUGAGAUCAUCGCCGACUUCGAUGAGCUGCUGCUGAAGCCCAAGUUCAGUGGCGUGGAGAAGAUCAAGACCAUUGGCAGCACGUACAUGGCGGCUGCAGGGCUCAGCGUCACCUCAGGCCACGAGAACCAGGACGUGGAGCGGCAGCAUGCCCACAUCGGCGUCAUGGUGGAGUUCAGCAUGGCCUUGAUGAGCAAGCUGGACGGCAUCAACCGGCACUCCUUCAACUCCUUCCGCCUGCGAGUUGGCAUAAACCACGGGCCCGUAAUUGCUGGCGUGAUUGGGGCACGGAAACCUCAGUACGACAUCUGGGGCAACACAGUCAAUGUGGCCAGCCGAAUGGAGAGCACUGGAGAGCUGGGCAAAAUCCAGGUGACUGAAGAGACCUGCACCAUCCUCCAGGGACUAGGCUACUCCUGCGAGUGCCGGGGGCUCAUCAACGUCAAAGGCAAAGGUGAACUGAGGACUUAUUUUGUCUGUACAGACACUGCCAAGGUUCAAGGGCUCGGACUGAACUGAGGGCUCUGGUAGGUUCAGGAUGCGCUGGGGAGCCGCCUUCCUCUCUCCAGCCAGCUGAGAAGCCCGGCUCCUGCCAGGCAGAGGGAAUCAUCCCAAGGCUCCGGCCAGACACCUCCUGCCAGGUGGCUGUGUGUGGCCUGUGUGGAUGUGCACGACAGCACUUCUCAGAUGUGUAUGCCAGAUCCUGGCCAAAGUGGCCCUGAGCCACACCACCGUGCCGGCCAGGACUCGGUGCUAUGGGCAUGCC